AUGUUGAGGGCACUGGUGAGCAGUCUUGCGGCGAUCGCCGCGUUGCAGGAUGCCGUGGUGGCGUCGCCAUCAGUGCACCGCCGCAACCGCUGCACCGAGCUCGAGGACUUCAUCAAGAAGCAGAACAAGGUUUCCAUCGAUGGCGUCCUUGCAAACAUCGGGCCCGAUGGAUCAAAGGCCAAGGGCGCUUCCCCGGGCGUUGUUGUCGCCAGCCCGUCCCGGUCUGACCCCGACUACUGGUACACAUGGAGCCGAGACGCCGCUCUGACGUUCAAGGUCCUUAUCGAGCGCUUCAUCCACGGCGACAAGUCGCUCAAAUCCAAGAUUGACGACUACGUCUCCGCCCAAGCCGAGCUGCAAGGUCUCACAAACCCCUCCGGAGGCCCAGACUCGGGCGGCCUCGGUGAGCCCAAGUUCAACGUCAAUCUGACAGCGUUCACCGGCUCGUGGGGCCGCCCGCAGCGCGACGGUCCGGCCUUGCGCGCCACGGCGCUCAUCCUGUAUGCCAACUGGCUGGUCGGCAACGGUGCUCGAGGCCAGGCAGCGGACAAGGUGUGGCCAGUCAUCGCCAAGGACCUCGACUAUACGACGCGUUUCUGGAACCGGACGGGCUAUGAUCUGUGGGAGGAGAUCAAUGGGUCUUCGUUCUUCACGCUGUCGGCGUCGCAUCGCGCGCUGGUCGAAGGCACCGCCCUGGCGAAGACGCUGGGCAAGACGUGCAAUGACUGUGCUGCGUCGGCGCCCAAGGUGCUGUGCUUCAUGCAGAGCUUCUGGGUUGGUGGGUACAUCGACUCCAACAUCAAUGUCAAUGAUGGGCGUACUGGCAAGGACGUUAACUCCAUCAUCUCAUCCAUCCACACGUUCGACCCGGAGGCGGACUGCACCGACGCCACGUUCCAGCCGUGCUCCGCGAGGGCACUCGCAAACCACAAGGCGGUGACGGACUCGUUCCGAACCAUUUAUGCGGUCAACAAGGGUAUCCCGCAGGGCAAGGCCGUCGCCGUGGGCAGAUACGCCGAGGACGUGUACUACAAUGGCAACCCGUGGUACCUGGCCACCAACGCCGCCGCCGAGCAGCUUUACGCGGCGCUUUACCAAUGGAAUCGCAUCGGGUCCGUCUCCGUCACGGACGUGUCGCUGCCCUUCUUCAAGGAUCUCAUCCCCGACAUCAAGACUGGCAAGUAUGGCAAGAACAGCAAGGAGUUCAAGUCGAUUGUCAAGGCCGUCAAGCUCUACGGCGACGACUUCCUCGCCGUGGGCAAGAAGUACACGCCGGCAGAUGGGUCAUUGUCGGAGCAGUUUGACAGGAACUCGGGAGCGCCGGAGUCGGCCGUUGACUUGACCUGGUCCUAUGCCUCCUUCAUCAGCGCGACUGAACGUCGCGCGGGCAUCAUGUCGCGGCCCUGGGGUGAGCGCGGAGCCAACAGCGUUCCGGCAGUAUGCGAGCCCGCCCCUUCGUGCGACUCAGAGGUCACCUUCAACGUGCGUGUCACGACAGUUCCCGGUGAGGAUGUUUUUGUGGUCGGCGGCAUCACCGAGCUCAGCAACUGGUCUCCGGCCAACGGCAUCCCGCUGGACGCGUCAAAGUACACGCCUAGUGAUCCUCUCUGGACGGUCAAGGUCAAGAUCCCGUCCGAGACGAGCUUCGAGUACAAGUACAUCAAGAAGAACCGCAACGGCGACGUGACGUGGGAGAGCGACCCAAAUCGGAGUGGAAAGACGGGCAAGGAGUGUAAUGCGUCGGAGACGAUCAACGAUCAGUGGAGGUGA